UUACGUGCUCCACUACCUGAACAAGGACAUGAACGAGAAAAAGUGAGAAAGCGAGUUGAGGGACGAGCUGUGGUUCAUUGAGUUCGGUCGCGGGGCGGCGCUGCCGUUGACUCCGGAGGAAGCCCCGGCGGACGGGGAGCCAAUGGUCCCGUGCGCCCAGGGUCGCGUCAUCGUCGAAACGGCGCGUCCGGCGCUUCCGUAUUUCGCCACGUGUACCAGUUAUCGUCGGCAAGUGGCGAUAACCAGCACCCCGAUCGAGAUAGCCAGUAUAUCUGGUACGUUCUCGAGUACCACACAGACCGAUCAACAGUCAACGGGUUCUGGCAGCAACAGAGGCGCCAUCAGUAAGAUCCCGAUGCUUCCGGCUCACAGUACCGCGGCCAGACCAGAAGACCUCGGUGUAACGCCCUGGUACCUCGAGGAUUACCCUACCAUAGAUUCCUCGCCGGGGCCCAUGGGCGAUCGGAGCUCGUAUCCCUCGUACUCGCACAUGGACACGGAAAUGAAGCCGGAAAGCACGUCCACGAGGAAUAGCAGCAUCGACAGCGAGGUACCACGACCUGGUCCAGCGAGUACCGCACCUAGGAAGGCGUACAUGGAUCUGAGAGACGCCAUCGCUCUGCUGGACGAAACCUGCCCGAACCAGGAGCCCAGUCCGUCCCUCACGCCGAGAACACCCAGGACCCCGUUAACGCCACACCCGAGGAAUAAACGGGCGCGAUCUAAGAGCAGCGACAACUCAUCGAACUAUAGCAGCGAGAAAUUAAACGAUCGGUCGUUCGAGAAAGAGGGUAAGGAGAAGAAGAGACCGUUUUUGAAGAAGAUCGGCAUCUCGAAGACGGAGGACAAACCGUUCCUGGCGAAGCUUGCGCCUAAGAUAACAGGCAAGCCUUACUUGGAGAAAAUCGGGCCUAGCAAGGCGGUGGAGAAACCUUUCUUGGACAAAAUUGGCUCGUCGAAGACGUUGGAUAAAUUCAUAUUCGAUACUCCGCGUUAUGAAAGGUGGGGCAUUAAGAAUGAAACGUGCGUGGAGGAAACAACGACGAAGACCGAGGAAACGAAGAAGGCGGAGGAGAGAAGGGUUCAGAAGAACAUGAGAGUGGAGCAAUCGUUUGACGUUCAACGUAGAAGAUCUGCUAAAGGUCCUUUGUUGAAGAUGUAUUCGUUCGAAACCGAGGAUCUAGAAUCGACUGUGCAAGUAAAGGAACUUCGAGAUCCUCUGAGAGGUGCCUCUUUGGACGAUGUCCUGGACUCCGGGCCUAGCUCUUUGCCAUUGGAUACUACCACCACGACGGAAGAGUCGCCUAAAUUGGAAACGAAGGAACGGGCUAGCAAUGGAGCUGAAUUGCUCAUGUGUCGCGUUACGACCAGCGAGGAAAUCAUUUUUACUAACGCAAGUGUCAGUUCUGAUAAAGAACUUAAUAGCUGGGACAAUUCACCAAGAAAAAGAUGGCUGCUGAAGAGAGAUCCAUCGACACCAAGGACACCUAUUCAUCGAAAGGUGAUCCAAAACUCCCAAGCCGUUGAACAGACGCAAGAUAGCGUUCCCAAUUCACCAGUGAAACGUCCAAUCUCAUCUGUUCUGCCAGAUCAAAAUGAAUCACAAGCUGACUCAUCGGAGAAAAAUAUUUAUUCGCCAAUGAAGACCAGAAGACAGACGUAUGAGGACCUGCUGGACAGGAAUGGCAAGGAUCAGGGUGAAAAACCUAGCAAACAGGCGCAGUUUGAGAGAAGAGGCAUUUCUUCGGAUAAUCUUUUGUCCAAGGAUCGCUCUAUCGCUUCUCUUGGAUAUCAAGAAAGAGACCAUGUCGAAAAAACUAGGGAAGCAUCGUCGGAGGAUUCUCUGGCGCAUAGGAUAGGUCAGGAGUAUUCCAAAGAAACGUUCAAACAGCUUCAGGAUAAGUUUAAGUACCAUGAAAUUCCUACUGAAACGUACGCAGACUUCAAAAGACGCACAAGAGGCAAUGUUCAGAGCAUAAUUGGAAGGCAACAGGAACGACUAAAAGCGAAUAACAUCGCGCCGGAUGCUCGUGACAAAAGUCCCAAGGAUCCUACGUCAAAAACAGACGAAGCGUCAAAGUCAGUAAGUUCGACUCCCGCUAAGAUGGAAACAGAUUCGACUUCGGGAAGCAAGAACGAAGUGGUACGAGUCCAUGGAGGUACAGUUAGGUCUGUACUGAAGAAACAACAGGGAAUAGAUCACCCUAGUGAUCAGGACUCGGAUACAAAUUCAUCCAUAAGGCGACCAAAGAGAAGGAUCUUCCACGAACCGUCACAAGAGACGAUGGACUUGCUGACUGAGCUAAGAAAGGUGAAAAGUUUGCUAAAGACUCCGUCAUGGGAGAAAGAGGAUCUUGAACUGGAUAAAAAACCAGUUCGACAGCCUAAGCGUAUUCUGCUGACUGACAAGGAAUUCUGUCUGUCUGUUGAACGGGAAAAUAGCAUUCGCCGUCCAUCGAGGGUGAUCAAUUCCCUAGAAAGAACAGAGGAAGGACAGCUUGAUAGGAAGCAAGAGGAAGAUGGGCAAAAAGAGAAGGAGAAAGAGGAAGAAACGAAGGAGUCCGAUGGAGGAAUUCCUGGCCCGGCUCUGUUUGAGAAGAAGUGUUUGUCGUUGGACUAUGCCGACGAGGAGAAACCACAGAAACCAGAAGCUAGAGCUAUUUCUUUGGCUUCUGCCAGGAAUUUGCCUUCGGAGGUUGAGGAAGCGGUCGAUUACUCGAAUGUAGCGUUGAUAUGCGACUCCAAAAGCUAUUCCUCCGAUGUUUUCAACACUCCAUCCGAUGAAACUAACGAGAAAGAGCGCGGUAGCGACUCGGAGAAAAACGUUCCGAAGAAUAUGAGCCAGAAUCACUGCGCUGAAGUCGAUAUCGCUAUUCCUAUCGAUCAGAAGGCAAGCAGUCCGAAGGGUAGGGUUCAGAUUCAGGGUAGGACUAGCGAUCUUUACGAGAUCAUAUCCCCGAGAUCAACGCCAUUCCGAGUAAAAAAGCGACUCGGCAAGAUCUCUGUCGAGGAGACGGUCAAGCCGGAGAGUUUCACCCUAGGUUCUAAGGUCGACUGCCGAUCCACCGUUGCCCAGAAACGGACCAAGUGCUUCCCUUUAUAACGCACGCCGACCUGCCAGUGGGCGAAACGCUCUCUGACGACGUCCUGUGUUUGGCGUUCACUCUGAACGAAAUUCGGGCCGAGAAUAAUGGCAAAUCUGUUGGUCUCGUUUAACUCUUCUGAUAAACAUGGAUAGUGAGAUCGAUCUUGGAGAUUUGGAGAAUUGUAAUAUGGAUGGUUGUAGACUGCUUCCGAAUCCAUCUUUAUUUCUCGAGUACCGUUUUUUCGCUGUUUAAACAAAUCUCUCUUUUCUUUCAACAGUGAUCAUAAUAACAAUAAGUUGUUCCAAUAAGAUUGAAAGAUGAUUAUCUAUGAGGAAUUUCUGAAUUCUGACAAGUGCUUCUGGUUAUUGAUCGUUAAAUACAGCGAUUCCGCCGCGGUUGUUAAGAAUAAAUUUAAUUUGAUAAAUAACAAAUGUGUUAUAAAAAAUUAAACGACGAGUAUCAGGAGGGUUAACAUGGCCUGGUGUACUGCCACGCCCUUAUCUCGCUCUCAAUUUCUAUCAGGGCGAAAAUAGCAAUCAACGUUCGCAGUUGUUCUUGGGGAUAAUCAUACGAACUUAAAUUCAACUCUCGUUUCUUUUUUCUUCUUUCUUUUAUCGACAAACACGAUCAAAAAGUACAUAAAAGCAGGACGAUAAUAUUUCCUAGGAAACUAUCGAGAAGAACUUAUCUACAUUUUUGAUUCUCAAUAAAGUUAUGAUUUUCGGAACGUCCAUUUUCUCCAAGAUGCAAGCGAUUAGAGAUGGAGAGAAUUUCCUUAAGGCUCGAGAGUCGUCAGUGCUUCACACUUACGCAGAUAAUAUUCUAAAAACGCAUCCCGACCACUUUUUACCCGACGUUUCGCGAUAGGAAACGGCUCGAAGAAGCUCGACAGAUCGACGCGAAAUUUUCCACGCAGUGUAUUAUAUCCGAACAUCCGACAACGACGAAAAAACGGUGUCGCGCGCACACUUCCGCCUGUCGAGCAGUGCCUUGUUCGUGGAUAUAUUUAUUUAGACAAAAAUGAGAAAAAACAAAAAAACGAAGAAAAGAUUAAGCGAAAGAAUUACGAAGAAUCCUAUCGAACGAUAAUUAAGUAAAAAUGAAGAAAAAAAGAGAAAAAAAAAUCACAAAAAAAAAAUAUAUAUAAUAUAUAAUAUAUAUUCCGACUGCGGGCCGGAUUUUCUGAAUGGGUCCAUGGAGUUGUGCUUUCGAUUACGCGCAUCACGAAUGUUCUUCGACGAAUUUUUGAGAAAAAGGAAACUUUCGCCAAGCUUCCGAAAUUAUAUGCGAAAGCAGAAUGACAUAGAAACGCGAAUUUGUACUCUUUUCGAAAAUCUAUUUGGAUCAAAAACUUCGUUCAAGUUAGUUAUGCUGCUUGAAUUCGACGGAUCGGUAAUAAGACUUUAAGUUUGAAUUCGUACAAGUCGAGUUACUUAACUUUCCAUUCGAUAAUUUCUCUUUAGGUGAAUAUUUCUAAUGAAAAGUAGAGGAGGGAGCAGUUGCGUACGUAAAUGAAACGUUAAUUAUAUAAUUAUAAACAUAAUUUGUAAAAUCCAUAAGUAUAAUUGUAAACGUAAUUUGUAAUCUAUCCUGUGAUGUAUAUCGUAUAACGUAAGGCAAAAUCACCUCAAUGGAGAUUAAAGCUGUCCUAGUAAGAAGAAAGUAAAUUGCGUAAAAUCCUCGCGUCCGCGAGCAAACUUCGAUUUACUCGAAUUUGAAUUGUUUGAACGUGGGUAACUCGGCUAAUCUGAACGAAGUUAAAGGGGACGAUCGUGAACAGAAGAGACUAGGGAAUCUCGCGAGAGAGUGCAACUCCCACGCUUGCCAAGCCUAUUCCCUGUUCGGCGAAGCGCGUGACGUUUUAACGACGUAAAGAAAAACGUAAUAUAUUAUAUUGUAUCGGAGAAUAACAGAUUGUUACGUUCCUCUUAUAAUUUUCUAGAGGUAGAUAGGAUCGAUAAACGACACUCAAUGGAAUAAUACGGAAAGUAAAGAAUAAAUGUAGAUAUAUAAAUAUAAAUAUAUAUAUAUAUAUACACACAGGCAAAAAAUACAAUGACACGUAAGGAAAAAAAAAAAAGAAAAAGUGGUACAUACUAUCGUUACUCCGAUGGAAUAUUUGUACGUAUUCUAUAUACUAUAUAUAUAUAUUAUAUAUAUGACUAUUAGAGACUAAAGCGAGUUGGUAUAUAUGUAUAUAUAUACUUGCCACGUGGUGUAUACGCGUAUGUAUAUAUAAAUAUAUAUAUAGAAGCGUAUGUGUACCUAAAUAGGUGUACUUGUACGGAUCCUAUAGUUGACGAAAUGUGCCAAACAAAGAUACGAUUUAUUGUAUGUUAUGGAGUUACUUUUAUAUACAUAUAUUUAUACAGAGGGUUUACGUAAAGUAUAUAAAACCCCGAAUUGAAGAUUCUUAACGUAUUCUAAGUGUAGAGAAACUCUGUCAAUGUGGUACGCGGCGUGAAGUACGUCGCGCCCUUUUGUUUAACCGAUGUACAGGAUGGUCCACUUAUUACGAUCCUUUCAAAUAUCUCUUUUAUAUUUAAGGAGAGAGAAAGGAGAAAUAUCCAUAAUGCCGAUGACACCAAUAGGCUGAAAAGUUAUUUGAAAUAUAAUUUACGAAAGAAACGAUCUAUCGCAAUUAAAUAUUCAAUCGAUUCAAUUGGCAUAUAGAAAUUCUGAAAUGCCACGUUUGCAAUUCAAUGUGAAAUUUUGAGCGAUCAACGCUAUACGAUUAUAUUAAUACCGAAUAAUUAAUUUAUUUACGUUGAUCGUUGACCAUUGCUUUUCUCAUCCAAAAAACUGCAACCAUCGAUAACAAAAGAUAACAGUGUCUUUUUUGAUAAACCGAUAAAAUUCUAGCUACAGAGUAUCAACCGCGAGAAAGCUCGAAUUAUAGCGAAUUUUAAUCGACGAGUGAACUCGCGUGAACCUGAGUUCAUCUCGCGAGACAUUUGCCUUCGUAAAGUUGUAAAAAUCGUCGUCCUUCGCCGUCUAUCUUCUUCGUUAUCGAAAACGGAGUAUACUUGAAGCGAUCGUGGUUUAUGGAUUAUCCUCCAUAUAUAUGCGUAUAUAUAAUAAACGAAUGUGUAUGUGAGUAGAAUAAUAAGAGAGCAGAAAAUUCGCGCAGUGUCGGUAGAACAGAUAUUAAUCGAGCUCAAACAUCGUCUUCGAUUCGAGGAAUUAUAGAUUUUGAAGAAAACGCUCUGUAUCGUUACGUGAGCGCGGACGCAUCCACACGAUCGUAGGUGUUUAAACGCGCGUGUAACAAGUACACGCGAAUUGUCCAUUGCACAGGUGAAGGUGCUCGUGCAGAUUACGUGUACACGUUCGUGUACCUAUACGAGCGGAUAUCGUAUAUGGUACUUACACGUACACGCAUUCUCAUCGACUAUAAUUUUAUUUCAAAAUCACUAUCCACCCGUGGUACUCGUUGUUUCUCCGCCAGUUUACCCCUUUUUCUUUCGACGUACUAAAAUUUAGAAAAUCAUAGAAACUUGCUAUUUUAACGUCUCUGCGAUAAUCGUCGGAUCGAUUAAGGAAUCUUUUCCUGAAAUUAUUACUUUUUAUCGUAAGAUCGUGGUAACUUAGCUUCUUUGAUUAUUCUCCGACUUUUGAGAAUAAUUCGUGAAAUAAUCGGAUAAUAUAGUUUCUUCUCUGUUUGCUCGGUCAUUUUUCUUUUUAAUUAUAGAAAUUUAAUUAUAAAAAUUCGGUCAUUUUGCGCGAAGAAACUUAAUUCGUUAUCAGAGUUAAGAUUUUUCUUAUCUGAUACGACAGUAAAGUGUAUCGUUGAUCGAUUCGUACGAAUCUGUUAGAAUUAAAAGCAACGAGUACCUACUUGCUCGUAUGAAACAUAAUUCACGAUUUUCUUGUUCGGUAAACCCCGUGCAAUGCGCAUCGUUUACGUUCGACAAAGUGCAAUCAAAAAACAUGGUGAGGCAGGGUUCGCGUUCUAAUUCGGGGCAUAAAUCGUCCAGACUCGUUCUUAACUUGGAAAAAGUGAGAGGAACAUCACAACAGCUAUCCGUCCAUCUUAUCGGCUGUCCAUGCUCUUCGUCUGUGUGUGUACCGCUAGAAACGCGUGCUUCUCGUCUACGUAUAUAGUUGUCUAUGUAGAACAUCCUUUGCUUUGCCAUAACAAGACCGGAUGAAAUUGAGAAUGAUAAUCGAAGAAAAGUUAUUUUCAUUUAUAAGAAAGACUUGAAUAGAUGCUGCACUGUUUAAGAGAAAUUUAAGGAUCACGUAAUGUAGCAGAAGAAUAUAAAUUUGGAAGAAUAUCAAGGAAAUCUAGAAACAGAGUAUUCUGCUAAUAAUUACGAAGAAAAGAAUUUUUUUUAACAAAGUAAAAAAAAAAUCUUCAAAAACUGAUAGACGAAAAUUACUUUUCAAAUACUUUCGUUCGAUGUACUCGGAAACUAACUAAAAAUCAUCGAACAAAGUUUCAUCGACUCUUUCGGGUCUUGAAAUUUGAUUUUCAAAAUGAAAAGUUUCCAUACUUCUGGUGCUGAAAAUUCAGAGAAAAGAUUAUUUAGAAUUAGCAAAUAAAAAGAAUAUUCCUUAAGGAUAAUCUAUGUCAGGCACGGAGGACCAGAAAUGAAAAUGAAUUUUGCCUCAAUGGACGACAAAUCGAAUCGUAGAUAUUCGGAAUAAAAGCAACGCAAGGUAGAUGAAAAGCACGCAGAUCCGUUCUAAAGUAUUAAAAGACACAGAUCAAAGAUUCGCGAGGAGUAGAGAUCGUUGUAUUCGGGUUUUAAACUAAGUACGUUUCUUUCUCGCGGGCGAGAUUUUAGCGGCCGAGAACGAAACCCUAAACACGUCCAUUCGUCACGGUCGCAUGCAUGAACUUUUAAAGUUUUAUUGAAGAAGAAUUUAUGGGCCGUAUUAGAAAGUUAGCCGUACGAUUUUCUUAAUCCCGCUGGAAAUUUUCGCGCUCUAAUGAAUUUUAACGAUUUUACGCCCCAAUCAAUCGGAGAUUGUUUUUAUUCGAUUAUUCUAUCACAUUUUACUGGAGAUUUUAUCGAGCUUCGUUGCUACGAAAAAAUAACGAAGAUUCUUUUAAAAAAGAAAGGAUUUCUUUUUUCUUUUUUUUUUUUUUUCUUUUGUUCGUUACUCCUGACGAAUUUUUUCUAUCGUUGUUUGGCCGAAUGGUUGCUAAUGUUUUAAUAUUUCAAGGGAAAGUGGAAUACCGAAGUGUGGUAUUAUAAAAACGGGAAAGAUUUUGAUAUCGAAUGAUUGGAUAGUUGUUGUUACACUAAAAUAUAUAGUAUAUUUUAUUUGUUGUAAAAGAAAGAUAAUAUAUGAAUGCACAUGUGAGACAACGCAGAUGCUUUUGAAACAUAAACGUACGAAUACUUGGACUAAUCGACAAUAUGAUGCAAAUGACCUAACGUUUAAUGUUUCUUUCAAGCUCGUUGAAAGCAUGUACAGAUUUAUUAGAUUUUUUAAAUGUUGAAUGUUUAUGUUGUCCAAUUGAAAAUGUAUUCUAAGCGAACGAAUCUCUUGCAAGAUGUACUAAACUUGAAGAUACGUAUCGUUCGAGCUUCGAGUAUUUAAAUUACGCGCGCAAUUCACAAGCCGAAUCUCGGAACUUUGGACGCGUAUGUCUUUCAGACGAUGAUAGUUCUUUUUUUUUUUUCGUGUGCGAUUUUUGGCAAUAAAAUUAAACGUCUCGUUUUACGUGUAUGGCAAGGUGCAAAAAUCCCUAUUUCUAUGGUAAAUGCCAAAGAAUUAAAAAAUACGGAAACAAGAGAGAAAUGCGGUAAAACAGAGGAACGACGUAUCUCUGCGUUUUUUCUUUUUCUUAAAAGGGACAUUAUUUUUCUUCGAGUAGCGGGAAACAUCUGAUUGCAAUUCGUAUAUAUGAGAAAAUACAUUUUUGACAUUCUACUGCUCUGUUCGAGUCAAUAGAAUCUUCAUCUAAAUAUUUUUUCCUUCGUCUUCUUUUUUCUUUUUUUUUUUUAAGAUAUCAUACAUCGCUUAAAUAAAGUUAAAUUAAAAAACACUUAAUCCCGCUCUGUAAGCGUCGUUCCUCUUAUUGUUAAUUAACAAACACUUUGAUUAUAAUUUUCGAAAAAUGACGAACGAAGCAAGAAUAUUUGUAAAAGUUCUACUAAUCAAAAAUGAAUUUCAUAAAUCUGACUGUCACCACACGACGAAUGCAUAAAUUUUCUAAUCUGCUAAUCUGGUUAACCGCUUACGACGAAAUGAAAAUUUGUAAUGCGGGUUCGUCACAAAAGUGAAGAGAAAUUAAUUUUUAUUAGAUAUAAUUAUCAAUCAGAUUCGAGUGAAUUUGAUUUUAAUAAGAGUAUUGGUAUUUUUGCAUUGUUAAUAUCACGUAAUUAUAAUAUAUAAUAUAGCGAUACACGUAAAAUGAGAUUGCAACGCGAAAUAGAAAGAAAAAGAACGACGUUGUCGCGAAUCGAGUGACAGGAUGAAUUUUUUAAAGCACAAGACGUUAAAGCGUUCAAGAACUCAUUUUCACCAAGUUUGUCAUAUUUGCAAUUUCUCCCUUCCGUGCAUCGUUUUGCCCGAAAAAGUACGAGAUGCCAUGAAAAAACGUUGAGAACGAGUUCUAAAUGCAAUCCAUUUAUCGAACUGACAUUAAAUGGCGAGCGAAUGAGCGACGUUUUGUAAAUUGUGUGAUAAGUGAUUUAAAUAAAAACACGAUGUGGUACAUUUUGUGUAACAUUGGUACAUUGUUGUAAAUAAUAAAUAGAUCGUAUGUUGUA